UCCUCCCUCCCUUCCUUCCGCUGUGGAGGCACGGUCACAUUUGGCGGAGGCACCGGCGCGAGCGCAGCAGCGAUGGCGGGAGCCGACGGGAGCGCCUUUUUCCGGAGAACCAGCCUGUUCUGGAUGCUCACCGUCACGCUGUCCGUCGCGUAUUUCACCUUCAUGGUGUUUGCUCCAGAAAAGAUUCCAUUCCAGUCUCUGGGAGUGUUUGGCAGCUUCUGCAGACACCUCGUGGAAAACUAUGCGGGGCUCAUGCAUAAAGGGUGGUGGGCAGCCUUUGCUGUUCACGUCUUUGAGGCUGGCGUCUCACUGAGAGUCUGCAGCAACAAAGGAAUCAGCAACUCUGGGAUUCGAUUCCUGUGGUUUGUCCAGACCUUCUUGUUCGGCUUUGCCUCCCUCGGCCUGCUGCUCAAGUACAACCCCCAGCGACCCAAACAGCGCUGAGACCCCCCCUCUGGACUGGAGGAGCACGGCUCAGUUUGAAAGUGUGCUUGUCCUUUGACCCGCUUACAUUCCAGGGUUUCUACGUGCAGCAGAUUGUUGGAUAAACUUGUACUCUGAUGACCUGUUCUCAGGUCGAUUUUUGGGAAGUGCACAGAGAGUUUUCCAGGUCUUAACAUGCAGAAGGAAAAUCAUUUAGUUUUAAAAUCUAAUGCUGGAAGCCUUAAUGUCUCAUCAGUUCUAACAAUAAAGAGAAUUGAAAAGAA